AAACAAAGACUUUGAAUACUGUAUUACUACGAUUAGUAUAUGUUAUUAGUAUAAUAUUUUUUCAAAUGCAUCCCAUUUCGAGCUCUCGGUCAACAAAAUAGUCAUUGUCCUGUGAAAAAUCGAUUGAAUUUUUACCGUGCUUCACUGCGUGCUGUCAUAUGUGGAGCUUUUGUAAUUUAGUUCAAUAGUAAUCAAAACGCAAUUUAAGCAUAAGCAUACCAUUUCCGACAAAAGCAAUAUAGAGUUUAAUUUAAAGAAUUGUUAAACGAAAUACAAAAACACGACUCUACGCAUGAACAACCAACAUGAUUGUUACAUCUGGUGUGGAUAGCACUGCUACAUUGGGUACUGUUGAGGUCACGACCUUAUUGGGUGCAUUUUUCGGUGUCUUGGUGCUACUUUUGUUGCUUUUCUUAUAUAUAAGUCGCAGAUGCUGUUUUCACCAUCGCCAUGGCAUCAACUGCUGUGACGAGCGACAUUUGGCAGCCAAAUGUGUGCAGAAGAUUACACGCAAACGUCGCUAUGAGAACACCAGCUCCGACUCGGAGGAGGAUAUGCUACGACGCCUGCGAUGGCAUCAGCAGAAUAAUAAUCUAUUGCCAAAUGGCAAAUUUGUCGGCUAUGGCAUGGGCAUUGAUCAGCGGAAUCCAUUGACCGGCCAAAGUUUCAAUUAUCAUCAGGCUGACCUGCAGAGGGUGACAGUGACACGUGACCCUUUGGCCAUUGCUGAACGGGGCAAGGUCGGCAUACCGUCAUCACAUAGCGAGUGCAGCUCCAAUGACUCCAUCGAGGCAUCUGUCGACAGCCAAACGGGCAUUUUGACAGCCGACAGCAGAGCUGUGCCGGCUGCAUCGGCACUGAGACACUCCUAUGCCAAGUCACAAAAAUAUCAACAUAAGGUCGAUGUGCAGCCACAAAAAGCCGAGAAGGAUAGAGAUAGCGUGGUUGUGGUGCCAAUUACUACUAGUUUAAAUAGCAACAACAACAACAACAAUAGCACAACUAAUCAUAACUUCAAUCAAAACAACAGCAGCAACAACAAUAACAACACAGCUACCAACAACAACAACAACGAUGAUGAACCUCUUUUUGAUACCAGCGACUUGCGUUCGAUCAAGUCGGAUGAUAUGCUGGUCAGUGAUGCUAAGAUCACAGCUCCGCGAGGGCCCAUUGAGCUGGAGAUGUCGUUGCUGUACGAUGCGCCAAUGAGGAAAAUGACGGUGCAUGUGAUGCAGGCGAGAAGUCUGCCGCCUUUGGCCAAUGGUCAGCAGACGCACACACAGGUGCGCAUGCUGAUGCUGCCAAAUAAGAAGCAAAAGCACAAGACCAAGAUACGCAGCGGCGAGAAUCCGCAGUAUAUGGAGAGUUUUUUGCUGCAUCGUGUCAAUCCAGAGGACGUUAACAACAUGGGUCUGCGUGUGCGGCUGUAUGGAUGUGAACGUUUGCGCAAGGAGCGUCUCAUCGGCGAGGCUUAUGUGAGCUUUGCCACCGUCGAUUUGGAGCUGGAGACCAAUCUGUGGCUGCCGCUGGAGCCACGUGUAACAACUUCGCUUUUGGGUUCGACCAGUGAUCUGCUGAGUCUGGCCAGAUCGGACAGUGCUGGGUCCACAUCCUCCAUGCAGCACGGAGGCGUUUCGGAGCUGCUUUUGGGUCUGAGCUACAACGGAGUGACGGGUCGUCUCAGCGUCGAGAUCAUCAAAGGCAGUCAGUUUCGUAGUCUGACGCUGAACAAGGCGCCGGAUACAUAUGUGAAGCUGUGCAUGGUCAGCAGCAUUGGCCAGGAGAUUUCAAGAGCCAAAACGUCCAUACGUCGUGGACCCAAUCCGCUAUUCAAGGAGACCUUUGCUUUCCAGGUGGCUUUGUUUCAGCUGAACGAUGUCACGCUCAUGAUCUCGGUGUAUGCCAAAAGGCAUAUGAAGAAGAAUGAGAUGGUCGGUUGGUUUAGCCUCGGUCUAAACUCAUCCGGACCGGAAGAGUGCGCCCAUUGGGCCGAUGUUUGUGAAAUGCCAAAAGGUGAGAUAUUGGCGCGAUGGCAUGUGCUGGUGGAUUCCUGAUUCGAGCAGUUGGGACAGUCCACGGGACGCAGCAGUAAAGCGUUCAAGAAAUUGAGCUUUGCUGCGUUCAAGGACCGGUCCAAGGAUAAAACGCGUAAGGAGUCCGACGAGGCUCAAUUCCCUGCAGACAACGCGGUUGCAGUCGACAUUGAGCCCGGCCUGGAGCUGGAUUUUGUGUAGAAAGGUUUACUUUAACUUUUCGAUUGGAGCUUUUUUUUUGGAAUGCAGUGGAGAACCAAAUUAUUUUGAUCGCUGAUCGGAAACUUUGUGUUCCCCCAAGGACUACAUAUUGUAUUUUUUGGAAGAUCUGGCUCGACCAGAUAUGAGCCCACGGGCGGGCAUCAAAAAAGUAUUUGUAAUUUGGAAACAAAUCAAAUUUGGCAAACACACGUUUUUAUUAUAAAGUGUGAGAAAAAAAAAAAACAGAAAAACCGAAAACAAUUAAUUAGAAUAUUAAAAUUUUUGUACGCAACUGCAUAAGCAUAACUUGUUACUAUAACACAAAACCAAGGAAAAAUUUAAACUUUAUAAUUGUUUGUGAUAAUGAAUAUGAUAUAAAAGGAAAAACAAAGAAACAUUGAGGGCGCGACAUGUCAUUCGCAUGUCAAUUUUUUGGAAUUACUAUUUCUCUGCAACUCAAUUUAACCGCAAAGGUUUUGAUGGUCUAACAGGACUAGCACUUUUUUAUUACAUUAUUAUAAAUAGAAAAUACAAGAAAGAAAGUAUAAAUUAUAACAUACCUUACUUAGAAUUGUUAAACAGCUUAACCAGAACAUUUUGCCAGGCGAUAUGGGCGAAGAAAUGGGCCUCAUAACAUCUGCAAAUACCAACAAGAAAUAGGAAACAGAACUUUUACAGCUAUUAAUACACACAGCUAUCUAAGUCUGUAUAUCCAAUUUCAGACUGUUCUGGUUAACGAUCUGCAAAUUAAUAAAAAUAAAAAAGACACAGCAACAACAAUUGUAGCCAACGCAUAAAACAUUACAAAAGCAACAAGAAAAUUCUUGAAACAAGAAUAUUCAUACGCAUUGUUCCAGUUUUUUAUAUGAAUAAACAAAUUCCCGUACCUUUGGAUACAAAUUAAAUAAAUACGCACAAACAAAAAUCUAUUGUAAAACCGAACGGAAGCUGAGCAAGAGAACGCGAGAAGCAGAUGAAGUUGAUAUUGAUAAGAAAUUUGACCCCAGCAACAUUUAACACAUAUUUAUAUGCUGGUUGCUUGGAAUAUAUAUCUACAUAUAU